GCCUGGGUGGUUUGCUCCUUCCCCUCUCUCUGGAAGGUUGAGCAGAGGUGCCUGGUUAAUCAGGUCAUGGGCACCACACCUGUGAUUGCUGCCUCUGACUCGUGUGGGGGCAAGAAGCCCACAGGCCUGUCCCUCUGACUGUGCGGACCAUUCCCUGUGCACACCUGGGUGAUGUUGGACUCGGUGACACACAGUACCUUCCUGCCCAACACGUCCUUCUGCGACCCUCUGAUGUCGUGGACUGAUCUGUUCAGCAAUGAAGAGUACUACCCUGCCUUUGAGCAUCAGACAGCCUGCGACUCCUACUGGACGUCCGUCCACCCCGAGUACUGGACCAAGCGCCAUGUCUGGGAAUGGCUCCAGUUCUGCUGCGACCAGUACAAGCUGGACGCCAACUGCAUCUCCUUCUGCCACUUCAACAUCAGUGGCCCGCAGCUGUGCAGCAUGACACAGGACGAGUUCAUCGAGGCGGCCGGCAUCUGCGGGGAGUACCUCUACUUCAUCCUCCAGAACAUCCGCUCACAAGGUUACUCCUUCUUUACUGACACUGAAGAGACCAAGGCUGCCAUCAAAGACUAUGCUGAUUCUAACUGCUUGAAAACAAGCGGCAUCAAAAGUCAAGACUGUCACAGUCAUAGUCGAACAAGCCUCCAAAGUUCUCAUCUAUGGGAAUUUGUGCGAGACCUGCUUCUCUCUCCUGAAGAAAACUGCGGUAUUCUGGAAUGGGAAGAUAGGGAACAAGGUAUUUUUCGGGUAGUAAAAUCAGAAGCCCUGGCAAAGAUGUGGGGACAAAGGAAGAAAAAUGACAGAAUGACGUAUGAAAAGUUGAGCCGAGCUCUGAGGUACUACUACAAAACAGGAAUUUUGGAACGGGUCGACCGAAGGCUAGUGUACAAGUUUGGAAAAAAUGCACACGGGUGGCAGGAAGACAAGCUAUGAUCUGCUCCAUCAUCAAGCUCCUUCUACAGAUUUCUUGUCUUCUCAAACAAUCGCAUCGCAAUAGACAUUUGAAAGUCUCGUUGUUGUUGUUGUUGUUGUUGUUGUGUCAUCGUGUUAACCUGCAAAUGUGCUAACAUUUCUCCACCUCUCAGCUUCCAUUCGGAUUCAGAGUUGUUGUCUGCUCCCACGGUGAAGCAACCCUUUAAGGAAUUCUGUGUUUUCUUAUCCAAGGGAAGGAAGGAAUGGUCUUUUGUGGUUCCCUGACAAACAUUCCUCCCCUAAUCGAGAGUUACAGAAACACGAUAGCCCGUGCUGUUGGUGCUACUCUGAGAAAAAGGACCCACUUCUGCCAUUUGAGAUUCAACCAGGGGCUCCCCUUCCAAAGGCUCAAAAGUUUUCUCAUAUUUAACUGUGGCAGCUCGCAAAGGAAAAACAGGAAAAGUGACUCUUUGGUAGUUAUUUUGGUAGGAGGGGGUGAGAUGUGGGUAAGACAGACCUACUAUAGAUUUUAAAUCAUUAAAGCCAAAUGCCAUAGAAAAGUUUCUUAAUUAAUAAAAGAAAAGGGGACAUGCUUUGUUGAUUUUGUUUUUGUUUUUGUUUUUGUUUUGGACCCCAUUCUGGAGGGCAUGAUUGGAUUUAGCAUAGGGAAAUAAUAAGCUUCCGAACCACAGUAUCUUUGGGGGCAUUCAGCCAACUCCCACAGCCAUCUUUCUAGGGCCACACACUUAAAAUUAGGCACAUUAUUAAUUCCUACUGAGUUUAUUUCCCCUCUUCUCCUGGUGGUGGUGGGAAGGGAGGGUAGCUGAGUUAGUCCACAGAUCCUCGCACCAAUUUCCAAAUCACUACUGUUUCUGAUCCGGGCCGUCAACACCACAAAACUGUAGCUUGUCCAUUCUGUCUGCGGCCCAGACAUUCAACCUUUAUAGAACGGGCCAGGUCCUGAUAACUCUGUAAUGGCUGAUUACCUGAGAAGUCUCCUUUGUUUUGUCUUCCUGGCAUGUACUCAAGCUCUAAAACUAUUUCCUUGAUAAAAGAAGGAACGGUGAAUUGCUAUCAGUAAAUGUUCACCGGUUAAAGUCUGCACUGACAUCUCCUCAUCGCUCACUGGUAGGGAAGUCAUUG